UGAAAGAGGACCUUAAGUGGACAUGUUCAAGUGGACAGGCUAAGCCUCUACACACUAUACCUCGAGCCUCACCGGCGCCUGCGAGGACACCAAGACGACGCGAGCGCCAUGGCGCACGAUGGAGCGACCACCGCCCCGCUGCUCGCGUCGACGGAGAAGCCACCGCGGAACAUGUACGCCUUCGUCUGCGCGACGCUGGCCUCCAUGACCACGAUCCUCAUGGGUUACAAUCUCGCGCUGAUGAGCGGCGCGCAGCUCUUCAUCCGGGAGGACCUGGGGCUCACCGACGAGCAGGUGGAGGUACUGGCAGGGUCCAUGAACGUGUACAUGCUCGUGUCCAUCCUCGCCGCCGGCUGGGCGGCCGACCUCCUGGGCCGCCGGGGCACGCUCGUGGUCGCCAACGGCUUCCUCAUGGCCGGCGCGCUCGCCAUGUCACUCGGCGGCAGCUACGCCGCCCUCAUGAUCGCGCGCUUUGUCACCAGCAUCGGCGUUGGCUUCGCCCUCGUCGUCGCGCCGGUCUACAACGCCGAGAUCUCGCCGGCCUCCGCGCGUGGCGUGCUUUCCUCGUUACUCGAUAUAUUUGUCAACGUCGGCAUCCUGCUCAGCUACGUGUCCAACUACGCCUUGGCUGGCCUGCCGGUGCACCUCAGUUGGCGCGUCAUGUACGCCAUCGGCGUGCUCCCACCCGUGCUCCUCGCCGCCGGGGUGCUCGCCAUGCCGGAGUCCCCGCGGUGGCUCGCCAUGCGUGGGCGCGAGGCCGACGCGCGCGCAGUGCUCAUGCGCACCUCCGAUACCCCCGCCGAGGCCGAGCUCCGGUUCGAGGAGAUCAAGCGGGUCGUCGAUGCGCCGCAAGAAGCCGAUAGUGGCGUGUGGCGGGAACUGAUCUUUCGACCGUCUGCGAUGGUCCGGCGGAUCCUCGUAUUCGUGGUCGGGCUCAACUUCCUCCAGCAAGCGUUGGGCGUGGACGCCAUCUUGCUGUACAGCCCGCUCAUGUUCAAGAAGGCAGGAAUGUCGUCGAAUAACGCCAUCUUGGGCGCCACCGUGGCCAUCGGCGUCGUCAAGACGUGCUUCAUACUGGUGGUCUCCUUCUUCUCCGACCGCUUCGGCCGGCGCCCGCUCCUGCUGGCCAGCGCCGGCGGCGUGGCCGCCUCGCUGACCGGCCUGGCUCUCACGCUCUGCGUCGGCGAGACGUCGCCAGCGAGCUCGGCUGCCUGCGUGGCGUUCACGCUGGCCACGGUCGCGGCGUUUUCGGUCGGGUUCGGGUCGCUCCCGUCGACGUACGCCACAGAGAUCACGCCGCUGCGGCUGCGUGCGCAGGGAUCGAGCCUGGGCAUGGCGGUGAACCGGCUGACCUGCGGGGUGGUGAGCAUGUCCUUCAUAUCGCUAGCGGGCUGGAUCACCAUGCCCGGGUGCUUCUUUCUGUACGCCGGUAUGGCGGCCACGGCGUACGUCUUCGUCUUCCUGCGCCUGCCAGAGACCAAGGGCCGGACCCUAGAGGAGAUGGACGUGCUCUUUUCCAAAUGAUUCUCUCAUCUCUCUUCUCUCAUCUCUAGGUUUUCCUGCUGCAGUUCAGUUCAAUACACGCUGCUGCUGCUGCUGCUGCCCGCGGCACGUUUGGCAGAAACCAUUUUUUUUCUUUUUGAGUCGAUGUUUGGUAGAAACCUUUGGGAAACAAAAUGUGUAAACUCUUUUGUGUUUGCAUCGUCGACAGGAAUCAAUAAAGAACGUCCAAUAUA